AUGUCGGAUGGUUUCACUGCACUACACAGUGCUGCAAGUACAGGAAAUACAGAAAUUGUGCAAUUGCUGAUUGAUAAUGGAAUCGAGAUCAAUUUUCAGAACAAGGAUGGUUCCACUGCACUACACAGUGCUGCAUGUACAGGAAAUACAGAGAGUGUGCAAUUGCUUAUUGCUAAUGGAAUCGAGAUCAAUGUUCAGAACAAGGAUGGUUCCACUGCACUACACAAGGCUGCAUGUACAGGAAAUACAGAGAGUGUGCAAUUGCUUAUUGCUAAUGGAAUCGAGAUCAAUGUUCAGAACAAGGAUGGUUCCACUGCACUACACAGUGCUGCAAGUACAGGAAAUACAGAAAGUGUUCAAUUGCUUAUUGAUAAUGGAAUCGAGAUCAAUUUUCAGAACAAGGCUGGAAACACCGUUCUUCAUGUAGCUGCUGAACAAGAUCCGGAGAUGGUCAAAUCUUUGAUAAACAAUAAUAGUGAUCCAAAUAUACCAAAUGAUCAUGGGAAAAGGCCAAUAGAAGUAGCCAACAGCAACGUCAUAGUGAGGUUGAUAAAGGAUUAUGAAAAGACACUUGUACCUGGACUUCCAGCUGAAGUUAAGAAAUUCGAUAAAAAAUCAGCGAGGGUGUUCUCUAGUCUUUUAGAAGAAGAAAGCUAUCGCCAUUUUGAGUCGAGAGUUAUGUUGGCUGGCGAGCAGGGCACUGGAAAAACUACUAUUGCCAGACAUCUUGUCGGUAAACAACCAACAAAAUUCAGAAUGUCAACUGAUGGAAUAGAGUUAUACAAUGGUCUGUCAUUCAUGGACAUAGAAACAAACUGCUGGCUUGGUGGACAACAAGACUUUACAAUGGAAGAAUUAACCAUUACCAGAUCUCUUAUACAAGACGAAACACUGAAGAAAGGAAAAUGUAAUGUACGCAAUAAAAAGGGGAUCAGUCAAAAUACGUUAGAUAAAGAAGACACGCCCUUGUCUGCAUCUAAAACACCAGAAAAAACACAUGAAAGGCAUGCUUCACAUUCGUUUGAUUUAACAGCUAAAUGGUCGGAUUUUGAAGGUAAAUUGUCAAAUACGACUUCCAGAACAGAAAGUCUAAAUAAUACAUUCCGGUCAAAUCAUCAUAAGCAUGUCAAUCCUGACGAUGAACCCAAACAACUAUCGGAUGACCAGUCUGAACACAAAGAGAUAAAAGAAAACAGAGAUAGCAGUUUUGGAGCAGGUUUGCAUGAUAGUAGCCAUGGCCGUCCUGUAAGCCCGUCAAAUAGAUCAGUCGAAGACAGUAAUUUAUCAGAUUACCUUAUCAGUGUGGAUGAACCAAACAAAUAUGAUCUACCUGCCACACAGGAACCCAUUGACACUUUUGAUGACACAUACACCAAUGAAGUUCUAUAUGAUGAAGAGACCUCGACGAGCGUCCCGGAUUAUCUUCAUUCGGAGUCGGAAAGUUAA